GGGCUGAUUAAAAUUCGAGGAGAUCGCUGCUGGAGAGAGUUAACUUGCAUGGAUUAUCACUAUGAGACGCAGCCCGUGCCCAACGCCAUCGCCUACUUCAUGCACCGCUCGCCGUGGUGGUUUCACCGCUUCGAGACGCUGGUCAAUCACUUCAUCGAGCUGGUGGUGCCGUUCUUCCUCUUCCUGGGCCGGCGGUUGUGCAUCGUCCACGGCCUCUUGCAGAUCCUCUUCCAGGUGCUUCUGAUCAUAAGUGGGAACCUGAGUUUCCUCAACUGGCUGACCAUCGUGCCCAGCAUCGCCUGCUUCGACGACGCCAGCCUGGGCUUCCUCUUCAGCUCCCGGCGCGGGGGGCUGAAGGAGCGGGUGGUGCGGGCCGAUGCACGGGGAGCGGCUUCCCCUAGACCUCGCGCUGGGGAUGCAGGCUGCUAUGUCCGCAGAGUGGUGAACAUCUCUUUUGGCCUCCUGAUUGCGUAUCUCAGUGUCCCGGUUGUCCUGAACCUGCUCAACUCCAGACAGGUCAUGAACACCUCGUUCAACCCUCUCAGAAUCGUGAACACCUAUGGAGCUUUCGGGAGCAUUACCAAGGAGAGGACAGAAGUGGUCCUUCAGGGGACGUCCAGCCUGGAUCCCAAUGACCCCGCUGCUGUCUGGGAGGAGUUUGACUUCAAAUGCAAGCCCGGGGACUUGAAGAGGAGGCCGUGCUUCAUCAGCCCCUACCACUACCGCCUGGACUGGCUUAUGUGGUUCGCUGCCUUCCAGACUUAUGAGCAAAAUGAAUGGAUAAUCCACCUGGCUGGGAAGCUGCUGGCCCAGGAAGAGGAGACCUUGUCCCUGAUGGCAACGAACCCGUUCGCGGGCAGAGCACCACCACGGUGGGUCCGAGGGGAACACUUCAAGUACAAAUUCAGCCAACCCGGGGGCAAGCACGCCAGCGAGGGGAGGUGGUGGAUUCGGAAGAGGAUCGGCCCUUACUUCCCCCCCGUCAACCUCCAGGGCCUGAAGAAGUUUUAUGAAGACAGGAAUUGGCCGUACCCGGCGCGGGACUGA